CCGGACUCAAGUUCGUUCUAUAACUGGAGUUAAUCGAAGUUUAACUGGUUAUGACCGAUUUAAACUUCGGUUAACUCGAAUUGUGGAAUUCUGACGUUAUUGGAUAUAAUGCAUAGUAAAGGCGUUCCAGGCAACCCAUAGUAUUAAAGAUUGGUUUUUAACCUAGAUAAUUUUUUUAUUGCAUGGUUAUCUACGGAGCAUAACCUCAGUUGCUUUGACCAGCUGUAGCGAAGCCAAAUGUCAUGAUGAAUUGUUAUGUACAACCAGUUGUUAGGUAGUCAUUGUUCUUUGAUGCAAUGGAUGACACAAUGUGUUAGAGUUGUCAAAGUUAAAUGCUGCUUUGUAGAAAUUUCGGACAGUAUGCUUCUGUUCUUAGCCAGUACGAAUUUCCAGUGGCUUCAGUCUUUCAAAAUCUAUUUUAAUAUGUGUUAAAUACUCGAGAGAGAAGAUCGUGAAAAGUAAAUUAUUAAAGGGACAUAUAGAAACGUUCUAUAGAGUUAUUUAGAAACAUCGUUUACUCUGCGUUCCUCUUGAGCAAUGACUUCGAUAUUCGAUCAGUACGAGCAAGCUUCGCAGAGGUCGAAACAGACCCAUCCACCUCCGGUUCGACCUGAUAUCAGUACUGCAGGCUUUAUACAGAUGAAGCUGCAGGAUGACGGUCCCAUAUUCAUUAAACAGAAGGUCAAUUUUCGACCGUCGGAUAAAAUCAGGCAUCUAGUUACAAGCAAUAACUUUAUUGCGAUUGCUAUGACAGAUAAUAUUCUAUUAAGAAUUGAUAUGAAGCAGCCAGACAAAAAGGAAGAGAUUAAUAUUUCCAAAUAUGCGACAAACAUGAGGCUUUCAGGACUUUACAUGGAUCCACUUGGUCAUCAUUUGUUGCUGACCUUUGUACCAAAAGAAGGAGAUAAUCCUCCAGCAGAGCUCUAUUAUUUACAUAGGAAAACUACAAAAUUAAAGCCAGCUGGAAAAUUUAAGGGUCACGAAAUAACUGCUGUCGGAUGGAACUUUGCAAACACCUCCGAAACAACUUCUGGGCCAAUUUUACUGGGAACGUCAACUGGUCUCAUCUUUGAGACUGAAAUUGGAAUAGAGGGAGAGAAGAUAUUCAAUACUAGCUUGGAACAAUAUUGGCGGCAGGUGUUUGACAUUGGGAAGCAGAGUAGACCACCGAUCACUGGUUUGGAGUUUCACAGACUGCCAUCAAAGGUCCCAAAGACCGAUAGAUACAUCGUCAUCGUGACAACUUUAAUUCGGAUCUACCAGUACAUUGGCACAGUGUCGAACCCUGAUGAGAAACCGCUUCUGCAACAGAUUUUUAAUAAAUAUUUAAACGCCAAAGAAUGCUUCACACAGUUGGAAAGCUCCUUACCGUACUCGAGAAUGCAGUGUUAUUAUCCACAGCCUAGAGUUUUGCCAAAGUCCUUCGGUUGGUUGACGGAAACUGGAAUUCUUUAUGCCGAGAUCAAUCCUGAAACCGAUCCAGACAAUGUUCUGGUGAACCAACAAAUGUUAAACUGUCCGGUCAUAAGUUUAAUUGGAACUAGUUCGAGCUUAAAGCCAUCGGUUCCACUGGCUUUUGUCCUGACAGAAUUUCAUGCAUUGCUGCUUUAUGUGGAUCAUGUAAAAGGUGUUUCCCUUUUAAAUCAAGAACUCAUAUUCGAGGACAUCUACAAUGAGCCCCUUGGAAAACUAAUAAAUAUUACGAAGGAUCCUAUUACUGGUUGCAUUUGGGCCUAUAGUCAAUCCGCUGUUUUUAAAUACAAGGUGACGAAGGAGGACCGAAACGUUUGGCAGAUUUAUGCAGACAAAGGGGAGUUUGAACUGGCCAAGCAAUAUUGCAAGGAUAAUCCUGCCCAUUUGGACCAAGUGCUGGUGAAGCAGGCAGAAAUGCUUUUUAAAAAUAAAGAGUUCGAGAAGAGUGCCAUGAUCUACGCAGACACACAUUCAUCCUUUGAGGAGAUAUCAUUGAAGUUUCUUCAGAAAUCUCAAGUGGAGGCUCUAAAAACAUUCCUUAAAAAGAAAUUGGAGGGCCUUAAACCGCAAGAUAAAACACAGAUUACCAUGAUCGUCGUAUGGGUUAUCGAACUUUUCAUGAACCAAAUGGGUUUGCUCCGCAACCAGCAGACUUCACAUCUGCACAAUUCUCAAUACAUCGAGCUACAGAAACAAUUCGAUAGUUUCCUCGCCAUUCCGAAAGUUGAGGAGUGCGUCAGGAGGAAUCGUAGCACUAUUUACGAUUUGGUGGCCAGCCAUGGUGACAAGGACAAUUUAAUUCGCCUGACGAUCGUGCAUCACAAUUACGAGGAGGUCAUACGCCAGCAUUUGUACAAGAAUAAUUAUCUGGAAGCUCUGGAAGUCCUGCAGAGUCAGAAGAACAAGGAGCUCUUUUAUCAGUUCAGUGGAACUUUGCUUCAGGAGCUGCCGAAGCCUACGGUGGCUGCUCUGAUUUCUCAGAAAUCUCUGUUAAAGCCUUCAAAGCUUCUCCCAGCUCUGGUUUCCUGCACUGGCGACGAGAAACAUGCAACAGAGGUAAUAAGGUACCUGGAGUUCUGUGUCUACAAACAAGGAUGUCAGGAGCAGGCCAUUCACAAUUUUCUGUUGUCCCUCUAUGCUAGACACAAGCAAGACGAGAUGAUGCGAUAUAUCAGUUCGCAGGGCCAGGAUGUAACAAUUGUACACUACGAUGUACAUUAUGCCCUUCGUCUCUGUCAAGAGACAGGCUUGACCGAAGCCUGUGUACAACUCUCCGCUCUCUUGGGACUGUGGACCACUGCGGUAGACCUGGCACUGACAAUCAGCGUAGAUUUGGCUAAGCAGAUCGCAGCCAUGCCUUCUCACCAUGAUGACGAGUUAAGAAAGAAACUGUGGCUGAAAAUAGCGGAGCAUGUGGUAAGGGAGAGAGAUGACAUCGAGCAAGCGAUGGAGUUCCUUCAGCAGUGUGAUCUGGUUCGCAUCGAAGACAUCCUGCCAUUUUUCUCCGACUUUGUGACCAUCGACCACUUCAAAGACGCGAUCUGCAAUUCUCUGCAAGAGUACAAUAAGCAUAUUCAAGACCUCAAGGAGGAGAUGGAGGAGGCAACGAAAGCUGCAGAACUGAUCAGGAAAGAGAUUCAGUCGUUUCGAAACAGGUGCACGUACGUUCACGCGAGGGACACUUGCAAUGCCUGCGAGGUGCAAUUACUCCUGCGACCGUUCUACGUGUUCCCCUGUGGCCAUAGGUUUCACAGCGAUUGCCUUGUUGCUGCUCUAAUACCGAUGCUGUCUACCGAGCAACAGACCACAUUGGCUGACUUGCAACGACAACUCAUUUCAGAUUCCAAACCUGAGGAAAAUGCAUCGGCUAGACUGGAAUCGCAGAGUACAAAAGACAAAGUCAAAGCUCAGAUCGAUGACUUGGUUGCUUCGGAGUGUCUUUACUGCGGAGAACUCAUGAUCGAAUCAAUUGACAAGCCAUUCAUAGAAGAAGAGGAUUACGAGAGGGUAAUGAAGGAGUGGGCAUAAGCAAUGUUCCAUUGGAAAUGGGACGAUGGAACCUGAAAUAUUGAUAACUUGUGCAAUUUUAAGGUACAAUAGACACUGUGCUGCUUAUUUCCAUUAGAUCGUCGCAUCUAAGAGGAGAAACUGCUAGGUUCGAUGCAACCACGGUAAGAAUGUCCGAAGGCAAAGCAGCGUUUGUCUCUGUAACAGCUCGAAGUAAUAUGUACAGUUUAUGUAAAUCUAAUAUCAAUGUAUUUCGUACACCGCGUGUUUAUUUAUAUCGAGUAAACAAUGCAUGACAUAAAGUGUAA